CUCUCAGCGAGCGGAAGUGAGGAAGAGAUGCGUGUGUUUACUUUCAUUAUGAGGUUUCUGCGUUCACUGAGCGUUGUGUGAAGUUUUUAUCCGGAUGGAGACUGUGCUGAACGGUGACUGCGUGGAGCCCAUCGCGGUCCAUGAUUUCUCGGAGAAGAUUCUGGAGCAGCUCGUUCAUUUCCAUGUGAUGAAGCUUAGCGGCGGGUUUUUCCUCUGGAUCGGCUCUAGCCCGGUUCUGUCCAACCUGGCCCUGGCCGUCAACAGUAAAUAUGAUUCAAUGCCUCUGUCCGCUCUGGUUCUGGGUGACACGUCAGACACGACACCAAGCUCUCUUGCACAGAGACUCACAAAGAAGACAAAGAAACAGGUAUUUGUAAGUUACAAUUUACCCAUGACGGACUCAAAUCUAGCACUGCUGGUGGAGAACAGAAUCAAAAAGGAGAUGGAGAUUCAUCCUGACAAGUUUUAAACAUUUGUUGUUUUACCUGGCGGCGCUUUGUUUGCUUUUUUUGUACAUAGCUCAAUAAAUCUAAAGCAAAAAUAUUCAGCUGUAACAUUAUUAUUUUGUGUGGUAUGUAUCUAGUUAUGAGCCAAAUUUAUGAAGGUUUUAGCAAAGACAAACUGGACUGGUCAUUUCUUUUUAAAUCCAAUUAUUUCAGGUUUUGUAAACGCUGGAAAUAUGAGGGGGGUUUUAAACAUUCAAUUUCCAGACCUUGAAAAGUCAUGGGAAGCAAUUAUUACAAUCC